UGUUAACAGUGUAACACGGUAAGAUAAAAACGUUCCCUGACUUAGAAUUAUCGAUUGAUUGACUGUGUGGAUCGAUGCCAUUAUUUUUGGCAGCUUAAGUUAGUUAGAAGCUAAUUGAGCUGAAAAUUUGUACGCAUCUCAUUGGGGAUUUACUCCAAUGACAAUCCCAUCAAACUGAUCGAGUCGUUCACUACACUACCAUGAUUUAAGUUAUAUAUAUUUGUCAGUAGGUUUGAAUAAUCGUGUUAGUCUACAGAUUUCCACUUUAUUGACAAAUGGCAUGGAGUGCACUUUUGGCCAGCAGAGGCGUAAAUGUACCAUUUGAGUCAGCUGCCGAAGAAUUGAUAUCUAAAUAAACAUUCAGCAUAGUUUGAUUCACAUUAAAUAAAUCAGUAUUAAUCCAACCAGCGUGUAUUUAACUUUCUAAAAUGUAGUAUCAUCUCAGUCUAACAUUGAAGCUAGGAGAAACAUCGGUAGGCCUGUCUCAUGUUUUCAUUGCUGGUAUAUAUUUAUUUACAAUUAUCAUAUCAAAAGCUUGAAGUUAAGCUGGUCAAAACAGCCAUAGACAUGCUAGCUUUAGGGAAAAAUUGCUCAGGUUGACCGAACAAACCGCUAUAAAUGAGAGAGCUCUCAUCAAAAUACGUUAUUUAUGAUACUACUGAAUAACUCUCGCUUCAUCUGUCUCUAACCGUCUACGAACAAAACCCAAAUAUUUUCCACUUACCAGACUGUAAAUCACACCCUUUUUGGUUUAUUUAUUUUACAUGACUGUACAAUUUAAUAAGUUUUCUUAGUUCUGUGACCUGUUGAUUGAGUUUUACGUACCCUGACUAAUCAGGCAUAUCUACAUGAUCAAAGUGAACAACUAAACAAUUAACUUGUCUCCACCAUUUUGGUUAUCAUCUGUAUUACAGAAAUCAUAUCUAAAUAUCCUGAAAAAGGAAUGGUGAAUGACGUCUGUAAUUAUACUUUUAUGUACAUCGGAGUAACAACUUCGAGUUAGUACAACGUUCUUAUUUUUUGUAAAACUCAGUGAAAACUAGUUCAUAUUUUCGGGCUGUAGUCUUGAAUUGAUUUUAAACGAAUAUAUUUGGUUAAAUUUACCUUGUCAUAAGCUGGUCUCAUGUUGGAAUUCCGUUUUAAAUAGGUUAAACACAGGCCUUCAAUGCUUCGAAGAUUAUUGCCCCAUUUUAGAUCCUUAAAGACGAAUUCUCUUCAAUAUCACAAACUCUCCACAACUACUAAGCUUUUAGACUUAAGUGAAUUUUUUGAUGAUAAGAAAAACUGGGGAGAACCGACUGUAUAUAGCGGAAGACCAUGGCGCAAAGAAGAGCUUCGACUGAAGAGUAAUGUUGAUCUACAUAAACUGUGGUACGUGCUUCUGAAGGAGCGUAACAUGCUGAUGACUAUGGAAGAAGAGCAUUUCCGUUGUUUGGAGCAAAUGCCUAAUCCUGAGCGCUUUGAGAAGGUUGAGGAGAGUAUGGAGAAUCUUUUAAUGGUGGUAGAAGAACGUAACCGUGCAGAAGAUGAAUUAGAAAAAGGUGAAUGGGUUGGUCCAAAGGUUGUGGAGUCAGUAGACCCGUUGGGUCGAGCAGUUCAGACACUGACCAGUGAACAUCUUUCUCCUAAAGUUAUACCAAGUCAUGCACAAUCAGAUGAGUGCAUGUGGAGUGAAAAAACGGUGAACUUGUUGCGGUUGGAGCGCGAGAAACGAAUUAUCAGAAGGCGCGAAGAGCAACGAAGACAGCGUUAUUCCGAUAGACUUAAACACUGGAACAAAAGUGACUAUCUCAACGAAGAUUCGAUUUGA